UUUUUCUUUUUCCUUCGAAGCGAUCUUUGUUCGAUCGCACCUGCAAACGAAGUUGUUUUUAUUUGUUUCCCUCUUUGCUCGGAAAAUUGUACCUUUAGGUACAGCAGAGAUUUCAAGCAUGCUGUUCAAGAUUCGAACUCUGUUCGAUUCAAUGGCGGUAACACCGCUGUAUCUGUAUCUGUUUCUGUUUCUUGGUCCGAGUAAUUUCAGCAAUUCCCCUUUCGCACAUGGUUUUCCUUCUUCCUCUUCUGAUACCACUAUGCACACCAACAACUGGGCUGUUCUUGUCUGCACCUCUCGCUUCUGGUUUAAUUAUAGACACAUGGCCAACACUUUGUCCUUGUAUAGGACAGUUAAGAGACUUGGAAUACCUGAUGAGAGGAUAAUACUAAUGUUAGCGGAUGAUAUGGCAUGUAACGCCCGAAACAAGUAUCCUGCUCAAGUUUUCAACAAUGAGAACCACAAGCUUAACUUGUAUGGAGACAAUGUUGAGGUUGAUUAUCGAGGUUAUGAAGUGACUGUUGAAAAUUUUUUACGGGUAUUGACCGGGCGACAUGAAACUGCUGUUCCAAGGUCUAAGCGUCUAUUAAGUGAUGAAGGAAGCCACAUUCUUUUGUAUAUGACUGGGCAUGGGGGAGAUGAAUUUUUGAAGUUCCAGGACUCGGAAGAGCUCCAGAGUCAUGACUUGGCUGAUGCUGUUAAACAGAUGAAAGAAAAGCGUAGAUUUAAGGAGCUGCUGAUAAUGGUGGAUACUUGCCAAGCUGCCACUCUCUUCUCUCAGCUUCAGUCACCUGGAGUUUUGGCUAUUGGAAGUAGCAUGAAAGGAGAAAACUCAUAUUCCCAUCACUUGGACUCUGAUGUUGGAGUUUCCGUUGUGGAUCGUUUUACAUUUUACACUCUUGCCUUCUUUGAGAGACUAAAUAUGUAUGAUAAUGCUUCAUUAAGCAGUCUUUUCAAUUCUUAUAACCCAAGCACAUUGAUGUCAACGGCGUACUAUCGAACAGAUCUAUACCAACGACGUUUGGAAGAGGUACCAGUGACAAAUUUCUUUGGUUCAGUCAUGGAAACAAUACAUACUGAUGCAGCAUACAGAGCUCCUUCAAGAAAAACUUCCGGAAGAGCUGAUAUCAAGACGUCUCCAGAUAAAAUGGUCACUGAUGAUCAAAUCAAAACGACAACAAAUUCCAAUGUUUUGGAUCAAAGUAGCGAUCAGAAACAAGCUGAUCAAGCGUGCCCUUUUGCGCGCCUAAUGAGUAGUUUUAAAAACAAGGUCCAAACGGUUGAAGAAGCCGAUUCCUUAGUGAACUAUGGCUUGGUCACGAUGAUUCCGUUGUUGCUGCUCUCGACGUUGCUAUAAUAUGUGAAGAUCUUGAUCAGCUUGUUUGAUUUAAUCUCUUUCAACAUUCAGACAUUCACGCCAGUAGGUGCAUUGUAAUUCUUUUACAAGUUUUCUUUAGUGGUAAUUGUGAUUGGCCCAAUCGUAUUCACUAUGGGUUUAAUUUUGGCUUUCUUUGUACUCAUCUCUCUAUAGAUCUGCUUUUCAGAGAGGAGGGUCAGGGUGAUAUGUAACGCAUAAUUGUUCUUCUCACAAGUCUUUUCCCCCAAAAUUAACAUGGUUUCUACGUA